UGUCUGCUAUGCAGACGUCAUCGUCACUCAGAAUGGUGACUGUGGCCUGUUGUCGCCUUGGCCUCGAUCCAGGGAGCCUUCUCUUUCGUUGAGAAAUCUGCCGACUCGGGAGGUCAGCCAUCUCGUCGCCUCGACGUUGCGCUGGGCUGUUUCGAGCUCUCUCAGCGCCCUGCGAAACUCCCUCAUGAGGCGCUGGUGUGCCGAGGGAGACGGUGUCUUCGUCGAGCUCCCUGGUGUCGGUCCCCCUCCUCUCGGAGGUACUCCUCCCCUGCUCGCCCGGACUCGGGCGAAUGUUGCCCGCGCCCUGGUGGGCUGCGUCGGCUCCGAGGGUCCAUCCCGAAGGCGGCUUGCCAGCGUUGGUCGGUUGUCCCUCAGGGCGCCGUUUUCCAUCCGAAGUGCCGGCCGGAAUGGUCGAUUGGGGUUGACCAUCGGCCCGAGAUUCUCCAAAGGAGACCUCUGGCGUGGGGCAUCGUUCGACGAUGCGCGCUGCCGUCUCCGUGCGAGUGCGUUUUGCCGGCCCUCCUGAAGGCCCGUGGCUAUCGCUGACAUUGCCGGGAUGGCGUCUCUUCGGAUGUCUGUGAGCAGACAAAGGUAUCGGCGAGACUCAUCGAGGUUGAGAGUCAAGCUCUCGGGAGGUGCCCCCUCCAAUCGGUGCUCCGCCCUGAUCCGCUCCUGAAGUUG